AACCACCCGACUAUGGACAAGAAACAGAGAGGACUCUUGGGAAUCCCAAAGGAUCAUCGGGAGGAGGAGAUGAACCAGGCUUAGUGCCACACACUGGACUUGUGGUGAUAAGACACUGAAUGUUUAGAACACAGUUGGAAGUACUAAAGAGUCCUCAUAAUUUCUACUGAGGAGUGUCACCUACCGUGAUUUGGAGUUUACCACCCACUGGGAUACCCUCCUUGAGGAAUCAGACAUAAUUCCAGACAAAGAAAAGUCUUGAGUUGUGAUCUUGGAAAUCGUCUCACUUGAGGCUCUUGGCUCUAAUCACAGAGACUGUGCUCAGCAGAACUGAUAAGCUAAAGGAAAAAAAUCAAUACCUGGAAAAUCAGAGCUCACCAUUCCGUAACCAUGAGUGAGGAAAUGGAGAUAGCAGACAAGAAGGACUGGAGGGAGCUUGAACCCAACUAUUCUCUCAAAAUCUUCCUGACAUUCUUUUACAGCCUCAUUUUGGUGACAGGUAUCAUGGGUAAUUCAAUCACUAUCAGAGUGACACAAGUGCUGAAGCGUAAUGGCUACCUGCAGAAGAACGUCACCGACCAUAUGGUCAGCCUGGCAUGCUCAGACUUGUUGGUGCUCCUCAUCGGCAUGCCAGUGGAGCUCUACAGUGCCAUCUGGUUCCCGUUUUCAUCUGCAGAAGGGAACGCUGCCUGUAAGAUAUACAACUUCCUGUUUGAGGCUUGCAGCUACGCCACCAUCCUCAAUGUAGCCACUCUUAGCUUUGAGCGCUACGUGGCUAUCUGCCACCCGUUCCGCUUCAAAGCCUUGGGUGGGAAACGUACCUCUGCCCUCAUCACCUUUGCUUGGCUGGUGUCCGUGCUCGUGGCUCUGCCGUUGCUAGUUGCUACGGGAACGCAGGGACACAUUCCCUAUCUGGCAGAUACACCUGUUCAGAAUCUGACUUUCUGUACAAAUCUGAGGGAGCGCUGGGUGAUGUACAGGGUUAGCAUCUUUGUGGCUUUCAUCGUCUAUAUGAUCGUGUUGAUCUGUGUGGCCUUCAUGUGCCGGGCCAUGGUCCUCGUCCUUCGGAAACCUUUAGGAUCUGUGGAUAGUGGCAUCAGCGGAACUCAAAGAGCGCACAAGCACGAAGGUUCAAAGGUUAAGACAGCCAGGAAGCAGACCAUCAUUUUUCUUGGUCUAAUUGUGGGAUCCUUGAUGGUAUGCUGGCUUCCAAACCAAAUUCGUCGUCUCAUGAUGGCUGCUGUGCCCAAGUCCCGCUGGACUACUUCCUACUUUCGGAGCUACAUCACUCUCCACCCUGUGGCUGACACCUUCUUCUACCUCAGCUCUGUCCUCAACCCGUUCCUCUACAACCUCUCCUCCAGACAGUUCAGGGAGGUUUUUGUCCAGGUGCUGCGUUGCCGCCUCACCAUCGAACAUAUCAAUAAGCGCACCGUGCAGAACUCCCGAGCUGCUUCUGCACGCUCUCUCCUACCCCUGCUGAUAAAGUCAUUGCGUCGCAGCAGGGCAAACCGCCCCAACCUUACACAAGAGAAAACUCCCACCUUUACAACCUUUCAGAGUCAAAAUGACUCAGGAGUGGCUUCAAAUACCCAAACUCUUAGCCUUACUGAAGAGUCAGACUCAACUCUCAAAACAAAGAGAGAUAACCCAUCAGAAACUGAAGUAUAAUGUGCUGUACAAUUUAAUGGGACACAGUGAACAGUAAAAACAAAGCAAGGAUGCUUGUGCUGUGCCAUCACAAACCGAUAGAGAUAUUCUUUAUACACAGUAAACAGAGUACAAAGUGUUAUGUCAGGAAUUUCAUUAACAGAUCAUGCUCAGCUGACAGUUUGGCACAAUAGCAAGCUUGAUUGGACUCCUCAAGUGUGAAAUUGUUAUCAAGUCAGAAACUAUUAUACAAAAGCUCAAAUAUUCAGUUAAGCAUGAAGACCCUACAGCUUGAGUUAAAGUUAAAGGUGCCCAGUGGAGUUUAUGGCCACUUGUGGUGCUUUGAAGCUCUAUUUUAAUGUCUGGGUCCUUCUGGUAUUUUAUAUGUAU